UGGCCCCAUUAAUGAAGCUCCUCUCCGGGGGUCUCCUCUGCUCCUGUCUCCGCCGUCCUCCCGCACACGGGACACACCGACGCAGGGACAUGGAGGAAGCAGCCGCUUAGCGCAGCGGAGGAAGGAGCAGGACCGGACACCGCGCGCUGCACCUGCCGACGACCCGCAGCAGGCCGGCGGGGAGGAGAGGAGGCACCGGCCGCUGCGUCCUCAACUUUUCACCAACUUGUCGGCGGCGGAGCUGCGCGUAAAAGACCGAAGCAUGCGCGUCGAGCGCCAGGCGAGUUCCCGUUCGUGCGCAAAGUUGUUGUGAAGAGUUGGAAGUUGUUUGGACAAAGUUUGUGAGAUUGAAGCGACUCUUUCCUGAGACUGAUCCUGAUCCUGAUCCUGAUCCUGACCCGGCUCGGCUCGGCUCGGCUCGACUCGGUCCCGGCUCCGGCUCAGCCGAACCAUGCCUCGCCCGGGGAGGAACACGUACAGCGACCAGAAGCCCCCGUACUCCUACAUCUCGCUCACGGCCAUGGCCAUCCAGAGCUGCCCGGAGAAGAUGCUGCCCCUCAGCGACAUCUACAAGUUCAUCAUGGACCGGUUCCCCUACUACCGGGAGAACACGCAGCGGUGGCAGAACUCGCUGCGGCACAACCUGUCCUUCAACGACUGCUUCAUCAAGAUCCCGCGCCGACCGGACCAGCCGGGCAAGGGCAGCUUCUGGGCGCUGCACCCGAGCUGCGGCGACAUGUUCGAGAACGGCAGUUUCCUGCGGCGCAGGAAGCGCUUCAAGGUGGGCGGCGUGCAGGCCCCGGACCCGCUGGCGCCCAGCGGCAAGGCGCACGACGCCGCGCACUACCUGCAGCAGCAGGCCAAGCUGCGGCUGAGCGCGCUGCACGCCGCCGCCGCCGCCGCGCACCUCCCGCAGCUGCCGGCCGGAUACAACCUGAGCUCCGUGUCGCAGCCGUCCAGCUUCAAACACCCGUUCGCCAUCGAGAACAUCAUCGCCAGGGAGUACAAGAUGCCCGGCGGCCUGGCGGCCUUCUCCUCCGCCGGGUACCCGCUGCACAGCCAGCUGACCCCGGCCUGGCCGCACAUGUACGGCUCCGGGAUGAUGGACACGGCGGCGCCCAUCUCCAUGGGCCCCGGCGACUACUCGGCGUACGGCAUGCCGCUCAAGUCCCUCUGCCACGGCGGACAGACUCUGCCCGCCGUCCCGGUGCCCAUCAAGCCCACGCCCGCCUCGGUGCCGGGCCUCCACGGGCUGCCGUGCGCGCACAUCCCGGCGUUCCUCGCCAACUCGCCCCAGUCGCUGAGCCCCACGUCCCCGCAGACCGGCCGGAGCAGCCCGGCCGCGCCCGGGGAGCCGCUGCCCUCCUCGGCCUCGCUGCUGCAGUCCGUGGUGGCGGUGCACUGACGGAGAACCGGGACGUUCCUGCUCCGUUUUUUUAUAUAUAUAUACGUUCAAAAAGAUAAAAACUAUUUAAAAAGGGAAAAACACUUGUCGACGCCCGAAGCAGCGGCUCGGUUUCCUUUGAGUUCGGUUCAGUUUGUCAGUUUUUCUGAAGAGAAAGUGAAGAAAACACGUGUCGAUCAUCUUGUCAAGGACACAACAGGUUGACCUCUGACCUCCCAACACACGCACACGCACACACACACACACACACACACACACACACACACACAUCAUUCCUGACAAACAGAAAUCUAUAUUUUUUCCUCCGGAGACAAACGAUCCGGAUCUUUUGUGUUUUUCUCUCUUUGCUCCUCCAACUGAAAGAUGAACGACUCUGAGUCUUUUCUCCUCCAACUGUUGCUGAAUGAAAAACUUUAUUAAUAAACACACACAACAACAACAACACACCAUAACAGGAAACUCUUCAUUUAAAAAAAAAAAUGCACAUUUUGCAUUUUUGGUACCAAAUAAUGACGCAUUUCCUUUUUCCCCCUUUUUAAAAUAAUAUGGAAAUGAACAAUCAAACAGAGAGAAGAUGAAAUGUAGACUUGAGUGAUAUAUUUAUGUCCGAGGUUCUGCAGAUGUUUGGACCAUGAAUGCAACGAUCCACUGUCUCAUGCACUUUUGAAAGAAAUGAAAUUCAUCUAGACGUCUUUUUUAUUCAGCAGCCGAGUUGGUUUGAUUUAAUUUUUUUUCUUUUCCACGCUGGUGCUGAACUGAGUCUGUGUUCGUGUAUUUGCUGCAUGAACCAAGUGUCUGAAAAAGGAAAAAUAUUUCAGUGUCUGUAAGUUUUUAAUUUUUCUCUUUUUUUUUUAACUUUCUGUUCUUUUUGGAGUUGAAAGCAUAAAAGCAUGAACACGAACAACGACGGGCUUUUUUUAUUCCCUGCGCUCUUCUCGUCCGCUCAUCACAUCCAAUAAAAAGAAAAACCUUUGUGAGA